GUUCGUAUCAGCUGAGUCGGUACGUUCUUAGCCGUUUGAACUAUAUUGGCGACUGUCGAUCUGCUGCUAUCGAAUUGUGGCUCCUUAAUAAAUUAAUAAGGGAUUAUGAGUGAUAAGACCAUUAAGCUUUUAAUUAUUGGCGAAAGUGGUGUUGGGAAGUCCAGCCUUAUUCGCAGAUUCGUUGAGAAUAAGUUUGACGAUAACCAUGAUGUUACUAUUGGAAUGGAUUUUAAGAGUAAAGUUGUAAAUAUUGAUGGGAUUGAAUAUAAAUUGGCUCUUUGGGAUACGGCUGGUGCUGAACGCUUUCGAAGUCUCACUCCAAGUUUUUAUCGAAAGGCAUUAGGAGCUGUAUUAGUGUACGAUAUCACAAAUCGUGAAUCUUUAACUAAAUUAGAGGCAUGGCUUGCUGAACUUGAAAAUUAUAGUGAUAAUCCUAACAUUGCUACUAUCGUUGUUGGCAAUAAAAUUGAUCAGGAUCGUGUUGUGAGCCGAGAAGAAGGUUUGAAAUUCGCUCGAAAGCAUAGAGCUUUAUUUCUGGAAGCAACAGCAAAAGAAGAUCAAUAUGUAGCAAACGUUUUCAAAGAAAUUGUGGAAAAGAUUGUGACAUCGGAUGAUUACAAUAUGGCACAGGCUGGAAAUACCAUCGACGUAAAUGCUGAUGGCGUCGCGGCUGAAUCAAACUGUAAAUGUUAACAUGUAUUUAAGUUGAAAUUUUGUAAAACUAAUUUAUAUAUAUGUAUGUAUAUGUAAGUAAAAAUAACUCAUAAAAAUAUAAGAAACUGCACAUGUUUUAUACGAUAUGUGCAGGUCCAUGGUUUGUUUAGGGCUAUUCAACAA